AUGAGGACACGCAGUACUCCGGAGCCUUCGAGGGGAACGAAGCUGCGGGAGCACUUGGAUAGAGUCGCGGACGCGCUACCUGACACCUUUGCGUUUGUUGUGGACGACAUCGCGGACGGCGGCGACACGGUCGGUGUAAGGUGGCACGUCGAGAACGACGGCGAGCCGUUGCCCUUCACGCGAGGCGCGUCGAUCUACAAAGCGGACGGGAACGGCCUCCUGUGCUCCGGAUUUGAUGUGCCCGAGCCGGCGCCGCUCAAGCCCGGCGGGUCUGGCCUGGCAUUGCUCUCGCUGGCCUCGAAGAUCAUCGACGAGCCGGUCCGCGCCGCGCCGCUCCUUUGCGCGCUGAUCUACUGCUGGCAGCUCUUCCUCGCCGAGGGCCAGCUGCUCCCGGGGCCUAGCGCCCUAGCGCUUGAUGGAGCGACGUGGGUCGAGGUCCGCGACCUCUCGCUCAACUUCUGGUUCGUCGGGCCGUCGGUCUUCGGCGGCGCGUUCCCGGUCGUGCAUCCCGGCCUCGAGCUGUGUGGAAACCAACCAGUGAGUUAGGUUAUCUACGGAAAGCACGUCGCGUCGAUGGCGUCGGACGCCCGAAAUUUGAUUUCCACACAGGCCUCGAGGCCAUAUUCAACCUCGUGCUAGCCUGGUCGGCACUCUUCGCGGGCUUUGCGGCCGACGGGCGCCGCGGCCGGCCGCAGGGCUCGAUGCUGCCGACGCUCGCCGGCAUGCAGUUCCUCACGAACGCCUUCUUUUUACCUUACCUCGCGACGCGGCCCAGCGAGGAGGACGGCGCCGUCGUCGCGUUGGACGAGCUCUCGCCGGUCGAGCGCGCGACGGAGUCGCGGGCCCUGCCCAUUUUGCUCGGCGGCGUCGGCGCGGUAGCGGUCUAUUGGUUCUUCGCCGCGCGACCGGAGUUCGGAGGCCUGGACGAGCGCCUCGGCUCGCUGCAGCAGCUCCUGGCCGGCGAUCGCCUGGGCUCGUCGUUCCUCGUCGACCUCGGGCUCUACGCCGCGUUCCAGUCGUGGCUGAUUCCCGAUGACUUGAAGCGACGGGGUGUCGAGCUGGACUCGGAUAGGGCCCGUCCCCUGCGGAGAAUCGGAUACGUGCCCUUCGUGGGGCUGAUUGCCUAUCUGCUGCUGCGGCCGCGGUACCCGGCGACGCGGGAAUAG